UGCUUUUAUCUUAAGUACGUCUUGAAUUUAUUUCGUUGGGCAAGUAGAGAAUAAACGGUACAAACAUUGAGACUUUCGUGACAGCUUUACCACCUGCCUUCAAGGCAUAUCUGACUUACGGGCUCGCCCGCUGGGCUGUCCCGGCCCAAGAAAGCGCAGAAAUGUCAAUAAGGAAGGCAGUCCAUCGUCUUGUGCAAAAUGGUCGCGUCAUAUUGCGUUCAUUACAAAAUAACGAGCGCUUCCAUUUACGAGGGUACACACAUAACCUUGACAAGAUACACGUUGCACAGACAGGCAAGCUCCAGAAUAGUGACCUUCUUUGCCAAAAUACUGGCAAUAUAUGGAGUACAAGGAGACAUCUCGGUUAUUUGGGUACACAUGCUCAACGCAUCUUUGUUGACAAUAUUUUGAAAAGGGUAACUAAUAGCUUAGCAGCAGAUUUACGAAGACGCACGGCAAGUAGACUUGUCUUUGGCGAUUCUGCGCCAUUCUUUGCUCUUGUUGGCAUAUCAUUAGCUUCAGGUACAGGAAUAUUAACAAAGGAUGAUGAAUUGGAAGGAGUAUGUUGGGAAAUCCGGGAAGCAGUCUUGAAGUUACGAUGGAAUAUGCUGCGAAAUGAUGAAAAUUAUCAAACUAUUUUUCCUGAUGAGAAUGUUAUAACUUUACGAAAUUUUGUAGUAGGACCUAUAAUUGCUAAAGGUUGUUCCGCUGCUGUAUACGCAGCACGAUUUGUAAAUAUGCAGGACAAAGAUAAUUUAAUAGAUAUUGAUGUUGAAACAAAAGACACGAGUGUGUUCCCAUUAGCUUUAAAAAUGAUGUUCAAUUAUGAUGCAGAAUCCAAUGCUACUGCUAUUCUAAAAGCCAUGUAUAAAGAGACAAUACCUGCUAGAAAACAUUAUGAAAAUGAUAACUUGGCUAUUUGGGAGCAAAAAUGGGCAGAAAAUAAAAUCACGUUACCACCUCAUCCAAACAUUGUGGCAAUGUAUUAUGUCUUUACUGAUGAAAUACCGAUACUACCUGGUUCUUUGGGAAUGUAUCCUGAUGCUUUACCGAGUAGAAUUAAUCCUCAUGGAUCAGGCAGAAAUAUGAGUUUGUUUUUGGUGAUGAAAAGAUAUAAUAUUACUUUGAAACAAUAUGUAACGAGUCGAAAUGUUGAUAUGCGAGUAUCAAUAUUGUUACUCGCUCAGCUCCUAGAAGCAGUAGUUCAUAUGAAUACAAACGGCAUAGCGCAUCGAGAUCUAAAAAGUGACAAUAUU